AUGAUGAUCAUGGAUCAUGGUGCUUUUGGCUUCCAGAAUGCUUCAAAAACAAAAGUGGCCUCUCUGUGUGCAUGUACAACCCAAUUAGCCCACAAAGUGGUACACAUUGGAGACGCUGCAAAGAACACGUUUUGCUGGUUUUGUGCAGCAUCCCGAAGGAGCAGAGCAUUAGGGCUGGGAGGCCAUCGCCCGGCCCCGCAAUUCCCAUCUGCGCCUUUUUCCCAUAGAGUAUUUUAUAUGCAAAAUCGGCUCAGAGUUCAAGGGUUGGAUUGGACAGAAUUCUUCAACACUUUCACACAACUGGCUCAUGUAGACGGCGAUGGAGAUGGAGCUGAGCACAUCAGUUCCACGAAAGAACUCGAGAUCCAGGAUGCUAGCUUCUAGGAUAAGUCCAAUCCUAGGCACUGAUCAUGAAGACCGAAUCUGGGGAAUCAUCUCUAGCAGACCACGUGCAACGAGAGAUCGAGAAAGCUGCUACAGCACAGUAUAUAAUCUUAUAAAAUAGAUCGCACGGCAAUACUGAGUCCUGAGCUCCAAGCCGAUUGCGGCCUGUUGAUUGAUAUUCAAAUCUGGCUUGUCGACCAAUAAUACGAAGCUCAGAGUCUUUGAG